CCUCCAGACUGCAUGCAGUUUGGUAUUAAAAUGUUUUCAGAACCACCAACCAUUGUGGUCUUACACAUUUGAGAUGAUAGAUAAACUUUGAGGCUUUUUUUUUUUUUAAGCGAAUUAUAACUUUGUAUAAAUAGCGAGGACUGACGGCGCUCGGCAGCCAGCAGCGUUACUGUUAUUAUUUUUCAGUGUAUUUAAAACGUGCAGAGCUACUGUAGGCAGAACAAGCUAGCUUUAGCUAACGUUAGUCAGGUCGGACGGCGACGAGGCCCCAGCCGGACGGGAACACGGGUGAACCAUGGCUAACAUCGCAGUUCAGAGGAUAAAACGGGAAUUCAAGGAAGUGCUUAAAAGUGAAGAGACUAGCAAAAACCAGAUAAAGGUGGAUCUGGUGGAUGAAAACUUCACAGAACUUAAAGGGGAGAUUGCAGGGCCACCUGACACGCCAUAUGAAGGCGGUAGAUAUCAGCUAGAAAUUAAAAUUCCAGAGACAUAUCCAUUCAAUCCACCCAAGGUUCGGUUUAUCACGAAGAUCUGGCAUCCCAAUAUCAGCUCAGUCACAGGUGCAAUAUGUCUGGACAUUCUUAAAGACCAGUGGGCAGCAGCUAUGACACUGAGGACGGUGCUGUUGUCAUUACAAGCCUUACUGGCAGCUGCAGAACCAGAUGAUCCACAGGAUGCUGUGGUAGCCAAUCAGUACAAGCAGAAUCCAGAGAUGUUUAAACAGACAGCAAGACUCUGGUCUCACGUCUACGCAGGCGCUCCCGUCUCCAGUCCGGAGUACACACGCAAAAUAGACAAACUCUGUGCCAUGGGCUUUGAAAAAAAUGCAGUAAUAGUGGCAUUGUCGUCGAAAUCCUGGGACGUGGAGACGGCAACAGAGCUGCUGCUCAGUAACUGAAUUCUGGCACCUCCUUCAUCUUCCUCUUAAUCCCAAUCUUGCCCUCCUCACACGCAUCCUCUCUCAAAUUCCCACUGUCUGAAGGUGUCUCUUCCCUUAUCAUACCCUCUGUUUCAAAGUGGACUCCUCACAUCUACACUUGCCCUCUUCUCCAGCCCCACCUAUACCCCUCCGUGCUGCAUCUCUCAUCUGCACUCGUCACCAUCUGCUGUACUACACUCCGAUCAGCCGCUCUGUGAGCUCUUAUCUCUGGUUUCUUAAAUUUCAUUCAACAUUCCGCUCAGACCUACAAUCAGAAAUCCACACCUCACCACCUUUGAAGCAAAUGCCAGACUUAAGACCCUGCCCACAUUCGCCAAUCUGCCAGAUUUUCUGGCUCUGUGUAAGAAGCGGCUGUCCGUGGCUUAUCCUUGCCUAUGCAGUGCAUUUUGUUUAAUUUGUGACCUUGCUGGAAGAUGGUCAAGCCAUUCAAGGGGACUCUUUUGGACCUGGUCCUGAUUUAACACACUUUUGGUGCUGUUUUUCUGAACAAGGAUUAAGCUGAGUUUUUGAACUUUCUAAUUUCUUGCACUGUCUUCAAACCUUACUGUAAUCUGUUCACUACUCCAAAAAUAAAGACUUAGUAGUGUUAGGGUAAUUUCUAACAAAAUGGAGUGCUCAACAGAGGAUUUAAAAUUUGAGCUUUAAUAUGAUUAUUUCCUAAAUUUCACAGAGCACCUAAUUUACUGGAAAAAUUUAGGUGGCAAAGUCAAACAUGGAUGUAUUAUUUUGGUUAUAUUGUGGGAGUUUCAGGGCAGUAGCAGUGCAUUAUUUAGACACACAAAAUUGAGGGGAAAGUCACAAAGUGCAACAAGGCAAAUGCAGCCCAUCGGCUUAUUCUGUGUUCUAGAAAUCAGUUCAUGAAGUGUAACAAAGGUGUUCACACAGUAGCCAUAUUCAUUUUCAUGCCAUAUUCUCCCCUCUUCAGCUGUCUGACAAUUGACCCAAAAUCCAAGAAAUCUUAAGUUACUAUCCUCACACCUCUUCUUCACAUGGCUGACUUCAUCUCUCCCUUUAUCCCCACAUUUUAAAGUUUUAUUUGGAUAUGACUUCUACAGGAAUACAUUUUGAUUCUUGUUUUUAAACGGAGAGAAAAACCUGUUCAGCAGUAACACAACUUGUCACAAGUCUGGAUGGAUAAUGGUUCAAAAUGAUAGAAAAAUAUUGCAUCAACCUACCUAGGUCAACAGAUAAAAUGUCAGUGAUUCAUCUGUAAAUAAAAUAUUGAAGUCUGUGUAAA